GGCAGUGGUCGGUGGUGAGAAGGCGGGGGAGUUGGCGGGGCGAUACAGGCGAGCCGGUGAUGUGCGCGGUAUGCGAGCCUAUGGCGUGCGUGUGUUUGACCGGCGAGAAGUCGUGAGUAAGGGCUGGUUUUAGUGGCACAAGGGCGACACACAGCGCUGCCCUCCUGGUGCGCUCUGUGCGCGGGCGCGUCUCACUGCCGCGCUGCGUCGACGGCUGUACAGUACAUGGCUGCUAUUACUACCGCCUGCCUUUUGCACGCUCUGUACCAGAGGGCGCCGUUCACUCACGUCGUCGGUCUCCAAAGGUGCCUUGCCCUGUGGCCAAGAGAUAGAAGAGUGUCAGUGCAGAUCAUUGCUCGCCUCUCCGCUCUCGUCUCGUACAUCGCUGUCGAACAAGAUCGCCACGAAACGCAACGGAAGAGUAAGGCUGCCGUCCAGCUCAUCCUGCCCGAAAGCUGCCGUCUACCCACUCCACUCGCCAGUCAGGGAUCCCCGUCUUCUUUAAGAUGGCUGCAAACGCAACAGAAGAGUGAGGCUGCCAACAGCUUUAGAACACAACAAAAGGUGGACACGACGGCUGUGGAACGCAACAGAAGAGUAGGGCUAUCAGUGCGUGAACAUUCCAUGCUAUAUGAAGUGCGCUCCCACCAUCCACUAUGCUCUCCGGCGAGCAAAUCAUUGCAUCUUCGACCAUUGCAUUGCUGUGCGACAGAAAUUGCAUGAGACGGCAGCAAAACGCAACAGAAGAGUAAGGCUGUCGGCGAGUCAGCAACUCUCACCUACAUCGAGUGUAUACC